AUGGAUGUUGCUUAUACGCAAAGCGCAAUUGGAACGCAUGAUUGUUCGGUGAGACGUGCGAAUACAGGUGCACCUUUGGUACAGAUCUCGAACGCUUUAUACACAGCUCAGUGGGAAUUUGCAAAUGGUAGUGAUAUGAUUCUGAGAUGUGACUGCUCCGAUUCCGGUCUAGUCAGUGCACAACAACAGCAGUUGGUCCCUAUCGGAGCAUCUGAUGUUCGGUUGGUAGCUGAAAAAGCUUUAGUUACUCCUAAGGAUUGA